UUCCUACACGCUCACUACGCCAUUGUGAAUUCCGCGAUCUUGACGUCUUCGAACUGGACUUGCUCAAGUGAAUAUGAAUCAGCCUAGGGGACAGACGGGACAGAGGGGCAGAGGCCGUGGUCGCGGCGGCCGUGGUCGCGGUGGACGUGGCCGGGGAAUCCCCGAAAACACAAGACCAUCCAGGCCUUUCAAUUCCAGCACUCCCAGGGAUAUACAAGCACUCAGAAACCUCAAUUUAAGCCGUCGUGAGACGUGUACUCACUUCAUUUCGAUCCCCUUCAAGGAUGAAAGCCUGAAGAAGUCCUUUGAGGAUUUCAGGAAUGACCUGAUUCAGAACCUAGACAAGUAUCGCAUAAAUGAGAACAUCAUUCAGAAGUCCCCGAAGCUCCACAAGACCAUAAUUAAUCUGACUCUGACUGAGCAGAAGGACAUAGAUUUGGCGAAGAAGACUCUCGAGGGUGAGAAGGAAGCGCUCAAGGAGAUCCUCAAAAGUGACACUCAAGAGAAGCACGUGAUCGUGAAGGGAUUGCAAGAGCCACGAAAUCUCAUGUUUACAAGUGAUAUAUACGCAAAUAUCACCUCUUCGGUGAUCAGCAAGAUCACAGAUCAUUUGAUUGAGGCGUUCGAGCGUGAGAAGAUGAAUAUGUUAUCCGGAAAUCCCGUCGGCGGAAGGAUUCUGUUGAUCAACAAGGGUCUCUUGACUGACGAGACAAUGAAGAGGAUCAAUUACUCCUUCAAUCCAGGCCCACUUCUUCAGAACUACAGAGAUCACGAGUUUGGGAAGCUGGACAUAAAGGAAAUUCACUUGUCGCGCAGGCACAAGUACGAUGCUGACGGAUAUUACGAGGCUGAGACUGUAGUUCAGCUCUGAAUAUGCAAUAAAAUAUCCUUUUAUUGGCCAAAUGUCUCUCAAUCUUCUCGCCAACUCACU